AUGGCCAGCGAGGACUCACGCGAUUGGUGGAUUGCCGACCAAUCAUAUUUUGAUCUAUAUCUACAUCCCGUCAUUGGUGUUCGUCAAUUAUCACAAAGUCUUCUUCCAGCUAUUGUUGAAUUAGCUAGUGAUGCAAAAUGGCGUGUACGUCUAGGUAUUAUUGAAUAUAUGCCACUUUUAGCUGGACAAUUGGGCCCAGAAUUUUUCGACGAAAAACUCAGUAGUCUUUGUAUGAGUUGGCUUACUGAUCAUGUCUUUGCUAUACGUGAAGCAGCAACUAAUAAUUUAAAGAAAUUAGUUGAAAAAUUUGGUCGUGAAUGGGCGCAAAAUACAGUCAUACCAAAAGUUAUACAAUUAGCUCGGGAUCAAAAUUAUUUAUAUCGAAUGACUUGUCUAUUCGCUAUUAAUAUCUUAGCUGAACCUUGUGGUCAAGAAAUCACACAAAGAAUGAUGUUACCAACUGUCAUUACUCUUGCUAGUGAUCCCGUAGCUAAUGUACGAUUUAAUGUAGCUAAAACGUUACAACGUAUUUAUCCAGUACUUGAUACAAGUGCAUUAGCAAUGCAUGUUAAACCUUGCUUAGAAAAAUUAAAUCAAGAUGCUGAUCAUGAUGUUCAAUAUUUUGCUAAUGAAGCUUAUGAAAUUUUGCCCAAAGCUUAA